CACAAAUCCAAACCGAGAGCAGAUCGUUGCUGACUGCAGGACGAGAUGAUUGGGAGAGGCCUCUCUGAGAAGCUUCUCCCAGCUGCAGCCCUCUGGAGAUGCCAGCAGGCUGAGGAGGGCAGAGGGAGGUGCUUGGGAAGAGCUGAGAAACACGGCUGUAGAGUGGCUAGCAAGAGCCUGAGCGGAAGAGUAAAGCCACCUUGGAUGGUCCUUGAUCAUCUCAACUCUGGUCCUGUGGAGCCACCUGAAAGCCACAGCCACAAAUUGAACUCCUGCCACCAGAAUGGGGAAACAGAACAGCAAGCUUCGCCCUGAAGUCAUGCAGGACUUGCUGGAGAGCACAGACUUCACGGAGCACGAGAUCCAGGAAUGGUACAAAGGCUUCUUGAGAGACUGCCCCAGUGGCCACUUAUCCAUGGAAGAGUUCAAGAAAAUAUACGGGAACUUUUUCCCUUAUGGGGAUGCCUCCAAAUUUGCAGAGCACGUCUUCCGCACCUUCGAUGCAAACGGCGAUGGGACGAUAGACUUUAGAGAGUUCAUCAUAGCCCUGAGUGUCACGUCGAGGGGCAAGCUGGAGCAGAAGCUUAAGUGGGCCUUUAGCAUGUAUGACCUGGAUGGGAACGGCUACAUCAGCAAGGCGGAGAUGCUGGAGAUUCCCUAGGCCAUCUACAAAAUGGUUUCCUCUGUCAUGAAAAUGCCUGAAGAUGAGUCGACCCCAGAGAAAAGGACGGAGAAGAUCUUCCGCCAGAUGGACACCAAUAGAGACGGAAAACUCUCCCUGGAAGAAUUCAUCCGAGGGGCCAAAAGCGACCCAUCCAUCGUGCGUCUCCUGCAGUGCGACCCCAGCAGUGCCGGCCAGUUCUGAGCCCUGCACCCCAAGGACGCUAUAGCUGCUCGUGUCUCCUGAUUAGCGGUUAAACUUUUUUUUUUUUUUUUUU